AUGGCGCUAAAUGUGGCAAAGCUUUUGCACGGCUUUGCGCGAGAUGGUGCUGUAAAGAAGACUGUAUUGGCAACCAUUCACCAGCCGAGCGAGGAAGUGUUCAACUUGUUUGACAAAGUGCUCAUCUUGGUGGAAGGCCGCACCGUGUACUUUGGAAGCCCCACGGGUGGGCUGAAGCACUUCGCAUCUUUGGAAUUGCUUUGUCCUCACGACGAGAGCCCUCCCGACUUCUUCAUGAGGUGCGUCGCGACUGACGCCGGAGAGGAUGCCGAGCGCAUCGAAGCCAAAGCAAACAUGGAGAAACUCUUGAAGGCUUUGCCUCAGUGCGAUGCAUUUCAAUCGGCUGACAAGGCUGAGAAGAACGUUUCAGAUGGCGAUGCAUUUCAAUCAUUGAGAGGUUCAGGCCUAGUGGCAGUGUUGACUUUGAUCCGCCGGGAGUUCCUGAUCCGAAGGAGGAGCAAAAUUCUGUUCAAGGCCAUGAUUGCACGGACCUUCUUCAUGGCACUCUUGUUGGGAUUGCUUUAUUGGCAACUUCCAAAUGAUCAAACCAGUUGGCAAAGUGUCAUGGGUGCUUUGAACAUGGUCAUGAUCAACACCUUCAUGACGGCGGGCUUUGGCCUCACCCAAGAGCUUCCUCAUGCCUUCCGCCCAGCCUUCCGAGAGGCUCGCGCUGGUAUGUAUUCGAUCUCUGCGUGGUUUUGGUCAAAGACGAUCAGUGACCUUCCGAUCGACAUCAUUGGUGCCUUCUGCGGGUCUUCAGUAAUCUUUGUCAUGACCGGCUUGGGGAACAGCGUCGCCUCGUAUUUGACCUUUGUGUUGCUGGUUUGCUUGACCGCGGUGAUGGGAAACGCUUGGGGCUACCUGGCUUCAGCCGCUGGGGGGCGUGCAGAAUACGCUUUCGCCGUUUUCCUGUUGACCGUCUUCCCCUUCAUGAUCUUCAAUGGAUUCCUGAUCACCACAGAGGAAAUCCCCAUCUACUUCAGGUGGAUCGAGUAUGUCGGCCCCUUCAAGCCUGUAUUUUCAGAGAGAUGA